CUAAACCAAGUCUUUUAAAGUCAGGUUUUAGUAGCUCUGAAAUCUGAUUUGCUCUUUCUCACUAGUAGAGCAACUUCAUGCUGGUGAGCCUAAUGAGCCAAAUUUUGAUGUGUAUAAUUGCUUCCAAAAUGUAGGAUAUAUUGGAUUUAUUUACAGUCUGCAGGGCCCGCAGCUUCAGCAGCACCGUGGUGGCUAUGGCCCUGAUCAAAGUGGAAGAUGCCAUCCCCUCCGCGGAGGUAUUUGAAGGGGAGCCUGGGAAGAAGGUGAACCUGGCAGAGCUGUUCAAGGGCAAGAAAGGUGUGCUGUUCGGAGUUCCUGGGGCGUUCACCCCUGGCUGUUCUAAGACCCACCUGCCUGGGUUUGUGGAGCAAGAUGAGGCUCUGAAGGCCAAGGGAGUGCAGGUGUUGGCAUGUCUGACUGUUAAUGACGUCUUUGUGACAGAAGAGUGGGGUCGAGCCCACCAGGCGAAAGGCAAGGUUCGGCUCCUGGCUGACCCAACUGGGGCCUUUGGGAAGGAGACAGAUUUAUUACUGGGCUAUUCUUUGGUGUCUCUCUUUGGGAACCGCCGGCUGAAGAGGUUCUCCAUGGUGGUAGACAAUGGCGUAGUGAAGGCACUGAAUGAGAAGCCGGAUGGCACAGGCCUCACCUGCAGCCUAGCCUCCAGCGUCCUCUCCCAGCUCUGAGACCCGGCCAGAUGGAGGUCCUCUGUUGCUCCAUCUUCCCUGCCCAGCUUUGGGCCCAGAGGUCCAGCCCCUCCUCACCUGGGGCUCCUUAAAUGGAACCUUGACCAUAUUUCUGCAAUAAACAGUCUGAUUUUCGUCUUUGCCUUUGGCAUGGAAAAAAAAAAUCUUAGAGAAUAGUAUACAGAAACAGAGGAGACUGUCAUCAAAUCAGAUGGAAAGAUGGUUAGAAGUCACAGUAACUCCUCAAUAAAUGGACUAUUCUAUCACUCAACAACUGUAAUAUGAAAGAAUGUUGAGUUUGAAUUGUUUUAACUACCAUCUAUUUACCGUCCAUUUUUUUU